AUGAUUAAUAAUCAUGAUAAAACUGAAAAUAAUCUUGAUUGGAUUAAACAAACAAUUGCACUAAUUGAACAAAAUCUUGAUCAACUUAAAUAUAUUCAAUAUCAAUUGCAUGCAUUAGAAAUUGAUAAAUCGAUUAUUUCUCUUCCACCUCCAAUGAAAGAUAUUCAAAUUCCUUCAUUUUCACAAGGUACUCAUUUAUCUUUGACAAAGAAAAUUGAUACAUUUUCUGGUUCAUCUUUGUCAAAUAAUUCUGCUUUUUCUUCAAUGGAAACUCUCUCUUAUCAAUAUUCUUUCUCUCCACAAAAUAGUUUCUAUCCUAAUUUAAUAUCUCUUAAGCGAACGAUCGACUUUUCAUCUGAUAAUUAG